AUGGCCAGGGUGGCAGAUAUUCCCGCAAUAAAACAAAUUAUACAGCCUUUGGAAGAAUCUGGCAUUUUAGUCAGGAGGACUGAUGCAGAGGUACUUGAAGCACUGGAAUCAUUCACUGUUGUGGAGAGAGAGGGUCAUAUCAUUGGGUGUGCUGCUCUCUUUCCUUUUGAAAAGGAAAAGUGUGGAGAGGUCGCUGCAAUUGCUGUUUCUCCUGAAUGCCGUGGAGAAGGACAGGGGGACAAAUUACUUGAUUACAUUGAGAAGAAGGCUUCAUCCCUUGGACUUCAAAUGCUUUUCCUGCUUACAACCCGCACUGCAGAUUGGUUUGUUAGGCGUGGAUUUACCGAGUGUUCCAUUGACUCCAUACCAGAGGAGAGAAGGAAAAAAAUCAAUCUAUCCCGUAGAUCAAAAUAUUAUACAAAGCAGCUGCCACCUGACUCGAGUGGAAUUCGUUUCAAUAGGGUGUAUUCUUGA